AUGCCGUUCAAAACAUGGUUGACAGAGACCUUCGGGAUCAAAGUUCCCAUCGUUCAAGGAGGGAUGAUGUGGGUUGGUCGCGCUGAGAUGACGUCUGCUGUUGCAAACGCUGGAGGACUCGGGUUCCUGACAGCUCUCACGCAGCCCUCCCCAGAAGCCCUCCGAGCGGAAAUCCGUCGCACCCGGACCUUGACCGAUAAACCGUUUGGUGUGAACAUUACCAUGCUUCCGGCCAUGAACGCCCCCGACUAUCUGGGCUACGCCAAGGCUGCGGUCGAGGAGGGUAUUAAGGUCAUCGAAACGGCGGGAAACCCUACGCCCAUUCUCAAAUAUCUCAAGGACAAUGGGGUGAUUGUCAUCCACAAGUGUGUGUCUUUGGGACACGCCAUAAAAGCGCAAGAGAAGGGUGUGGACUGCAUCUCCAUCGACGGUAUUGAAUGUGCUGGCCAUGGAGGUGAAUAUGACAUCACAUCUAUGAUCCUUCUUGGACGAUGUGCCCAAGAGCUGAAGAUUCCGUUCAUUGCCUCUGGUGGCUUCUGCGAUGGCAAGGGACUUGCUACUGCUCUUGUCCUCGGCGCGCAAGGAAUCAAUAUGGGCACCCGCUGGAUGUGCACGAUCGAAGCGCCAAUCCACCACAACGUCAAGGAGGCAAUUGUUAAGAUGGACGAAAAUGGCACUAUCCUCGUCCUCCGAAAGUUCCGCAACACCACACGACUAGCCAGGAACGAGGUCACCCUAGAGGUGCACAAGAUUGAAAACAGCACCCUCGAACCGCAAUUUCAACAAGUGGCUCACCUUAUGUCUGGACAACGAGGUAAAGGCGUGUACGAAACUGGAGACAUCAAUGCGGGUGUUUGGUCUGUCGGUCUUGCUGGCGGGCUUAUCAAGGAUAUUCCAACAUGCGCGCAGCUCGCUCAGAAUAUCGAGCGCGAAGCGAUUGAGAACCUGUCAAGAGCUAGUGGCUUAUAUACUAACCGUUCAAAUCUCUGA